UUCCGACGAACAGGUCUCUCCCGCCGGCCAGAUAAAAUCCCUUACUAUACUUAUAUCACUCAUAAUAAGAACAAGUUUGGGUUUCACUCAAGACAUUUCCAGCGAGCAACGAACAUCAAGCGGAUCUACUACCAUCGACAAAGGGAGGCUCCAACUCAAAGUGGAAGAUGGCCAUUCCGAGAUCCAGACAAAAAGGACAAGGAAGAUUCAUACGUUUUAAGUGACUCCAGAAUAGUAUUCAACACAUAUGAAGCCGAAAUCACAGUUUCAAAAGCCAGCCUUAAUCGCAAAUUCAAGUUCAGGACACAAACUAAGGGCACUCUCUUCAUUCAUCCAUAGAGCUUCUAAUUCAGAAGCUACUCCAGCAGCUAGUGCUCCAACGGUGGAUGCCACACAACUCCUGGAACAUCAGCCUAUCUCCCCAACUCCGCUCUUGGAACUUUGCACACCAACUCAGCAUACACAAUAUUCCAAAACGAAGGAGAUUGACGAAACCCAGAAGAUUGACAAAACAAACCAUUCAAGCACAAAGGAUAAUAUUAUAGACAAAGGAGGGUCAUAAGGCUUCACUAGUUCUCCUUUGACAGAAACUACCCUUGCUGAGAGGCAGAUGAUUACUUAUGAGGGAGAAGAAGAACCUGAAUACAACAUUUCGGACUCAUACACUGAAUCAUUUCCACCACUGCCAAGAAGGAUGUUAUCCCCAUAUGCCCCUGCAUUUUUACCACUUUCAAACAACACAUUUGCUGCUCUUCUCAAUCAAGAUCCUGAGUGCUUGGAGGAAGAAGAUCCUUUUUCAAAGAUUAAUGAACAGAGUCUGGUUCUAUACUCUAAUGCAGUGGAAGAUCAUGCAAAGGAGAGGGAUGGGCCAAUUCUUUACACCCAUUCAGAGGGCGAGGAUUUAGUGUUCAUAGAUACUAAGCUUAAACCCCUGAAAAUAGACCUUUCAAGAUGCUUCAAGCAACCAUUUAAUCUGCGCAAGGAACUCAAGGGCAGAAGGACCUUCUCACCUUCGCAAAUUGUUACAAGAAGUAAGGCUAAAAUACUAGAAGAAGGGAGGAGGAUCACACCUAUUGGCUGGGAAGAGGAACAAGAGAUGCUUGAUCCACAGCAAUCCCAUGAAGAGGAGGUAAUUGAUUUCUUCAAGCUCUGUUGUCCUAAUAAAAAAGAAGGGCCUAAACCUUCUAAAAAGCCAUUAAGCAAAAGUCAGAAAAAGAAAUUGAAGAAGAAAAAGAAACAGAGCCCGAUAAGUGAUAUGGGUAAUGAGGAUGAAGACUUUUAUGACUUAGACUAUUCUUGUUGAAUAAUGGUGUCUCUAGCAGAUUUUAAUUUAAACAUUUGAGUGUUUAAGUUGGAUUGUUUGCUUUAUACUUGCGUAGCCUGAUGUAGUAGUUAACUUUUGAUAAAGUUGGGUCAAUGAAAAUGGAGCUGCUGUUAUUGGACUUUUAGCAACUACAUACGUAGGCAAUGAGGUUGGAGUUUGGGAAACUUUUGGAUGAAGUGGAGCAGGUACCAUAUGGGGUUUGCCAUUUUGAUAGUUGUAGCAGAAUAGAGAAGUAGCAACGAACAGAAUUAUGCUUCAUUUAGAAGGACUCUUGAUCAGGUCAUGGUAUUCUUAUUGGUUCAACCGUCGAAGAUGCAACGUGCCCUAGUACAGGCUAGACCUGAAUCUAACUACUGGCUUAGCUUACCUUCAACCACAUAACAGGCUUCACUUUCAUCUUUCAUUUUAGCCAUUUUUACCAUCCCAACCUCUUGUAGUGUAUUAGGUUUGAUUACAGGUUCUCUUGGAGAUCAGAAAUUUUGUUUAUCUUCUAUAGAUAUGCAUCUUCUUGGGUGCAAAGAACAUGCCUCUACAGAACUGACCUGCAGCAGUAUACUAUGAGCUGGAAUUUUGAUUCUCUCUGUUGUCUUCACACCCAGUGUAGGAUAAGGGGACUUCGGUGGUAUCAACAUCAAUGCUUUGGCAGCUUUGCAGAACCAACAGAUUACUACUGUUUCUCAUCUUUUGGACUUUUAUUCUUGUUGCUUCGUAGUAGUAUAUAAUGUAUUUCUUUGGCAGUAGUAGCUGGCUUCUUUCUCAUUUUCUCCUUUUGUUAUUUUGGCCGUAUUGUAGGGGUUCUUUUGGCCACCCCACCUUUGUAACUUUUUCUUUUA